GUUGAUUGCUGAGGGUAUAAAUGUCUUGUGUGCAUCUACAGUGCAGUUCAUCUCAGAACUAAAGAGGCAACACACACAGAUCGAGAGAAGAUUUCCCCUGUGACAUUCCUCUGACCUUGCUGUGUGUUCAUGUUUGAGUGCACGUCUGUGCUUUAGACAUGAAUCUCUUAAGAUUUGUAGUGGUGCUGGGGCUGUGCUACACACUCAGCUACCCGCCUGUCUCAGGUUCUGAAGAAGAGGGGUUGAGCAGGAGUUUCAUUCUGGACGCGAUCGAUGAAGCCAAGCGGCUCGUAGAUAACACUUAUUUGUACUCUCGUCAAGUGAGCCUUGAGAGGGUGCGCAGGGCUGAAUUCACUAGGCCAGCUGAUAUACAGCAAAUAAUGAAACAGCCGAGACGGAAGGCGCGUGAUGCCGUGAGAGCUGCAGACUACAUGGAGCAGACGCUAAGAAUCAUCUCAGAGAGAAGCCACCAUGCACACAAGAGAUCCAUUAACGCCACAGCACUGCUUACUCCUGAACAAAUCCACCUGAUCGAGAAUCUGACUGGCUGUCAAGCUCAAACCCAUCCUCCUUCAUGCAGAACCACACAGAAUCUGAACAAAUAUCGCACAGCCUCCAGCGUCUGCAACAACCUAUAUAAUCCACUUCAAGGAGCUUCAAACACACCGUUUUCCCGCUGGCUGCCUCCUAUUUAUGAAGAUGGCAUCUCCCAACCUAAAGGAUGGAACCAAGGGCGGCUCUAUAAUGGCUUUCCUCUGCCUCUGGUGAGGGAGGUGUCAAACCGAAUUUUCGCCACACAGAACAAGGACGUUGUGGGAGACAGUCAGUACACCUUCUUCCUCACGUUCUUUGGUCAGUUUACUGACCAUGACCUGACCCUCACACCCCUGACACCAAGCAUCCGGUCCUUUAGCAACGGCAUUGACUGUGACGUGAGCUGCGCGCGUGCUGAGCCAUGCUUCCCCAUCGAGCUUCCUGCAAAUGAUCCCCGCCGGUCCUCCCUCCGCAAGGGUUGCCUCCCGUUUUUCCGUUCUGCUCCCGUCUGUGCCUCUGGAGAAAAUGCAUACUUAUUUGGAGGUGUGCCCCAGAUCCGGCUGCAGAUCAACUCUUUGACAUCAUACAUAGAUUUGGGCACGGUGUAUGGCUCUGAGGAUGGACAGGCUCGGGAACUUCGCGACCUUUCCAGUGAUGAAGGCCUCCUGCGUGCCAAUCCAAAAUUUCAGGACAAUGGACGUGAACUGCUGCCCUUCAGUACAGUGGACAGCGAUAUGUGCACCACACACAAUCGGUAUCUAAACACCACGGGAAAGCCGGAAGUGCCGUGUUUUGAUGCAGGUGAUAACCGUGUAUCUGAGAACCCCGGUCUUACCGUGCUGCACACAAUGUUCUUCCGAGAACACAACCGGGUUGCACGUGCUCUGCGCCGCAUCAACCCACACUGGAGCGGCGAACAGGUUUAUCAGGAAGCUCGCAAAAUCAUGGGAGCCUUUCAACAGAUCAUGGUGUUUAGGGAUUAUCUGCCACACAUCGUGGGAACCGAUGCCGCAACGAGGUUGCUCGGGGACUAUCCCGGCUACGAUUCCAAUGUUGAUCCAACCGUCUCCAGUGUUUUCUCCACCGCUGCUAACCGCUUCGCCCAUGCCACUCUCCAGCCCUACAUCUUCCGUGUGAAUGAACAAUACAAGCCAGAUUCAAAGUAUCCCACCUUUCCUCUGCACCUGGGAUUCUUUGCACCAUUUAGAGUCGUAUAUGAGGGUGGAAUCGAUCCUUUGGUUCGGGGCCUGCUUAGUCAUCCGGCUAAGCUGAACAAGCAGCAUGCUGUGCUGGUCAACGAGGUCAGAGAAAAACUGUUCGACUUCGCCAACAAAAUUGCUCAGGACCUGGGUUCCCUCAACCUGCAGAGGAGCCGAGACCACGCCCUACCAGGCUAUAAUACAUGGAGGAAGUUCUGCGGUCUUUCCACACCCAAGAAUUUAAAAGAAUUGGCAAAAGUGCUGAAUAGCACAAGCGUUGCAAGCAGUCUCCUCAACCUCUACGGCUCUCCCGAUAACAUUGAUAUUUGGGCUGGAGGCAUUUCUGAACCGUUUGUCCGCGGAGGCCGAGUUGGUCCACUUUUCUCCUGUAUCAUUGCCACCCAGUUCCACAAGAUCCGCCAAGGAGACAGGUUCUGGUGGGAGAAUGAUGGUAUUUUCACUCCAGAACAGAAAGAACAACUGACCAAAAUUUCCCUGUCUCGAAUCAUCUGUGACAACACGGCCCUCACCAAAGUUCCUAGGGACGCUUUCCUCUUGAGUCGCAACCAAGCAAACUUUGUUAACUGCAAUGCAAUCCCGGAGGUUGACCUCAGUCCUUGGAAACAAACAGAUCUAGGUGACUGGGUCAGCAGUGAGGAAUCUUAUUAAUAUAAGGUCUGAGAGGCCACAGCAGUCCACGUUGAACCUCCAUUCCUCCUGUACCACCAGUCUCCAUGGAACCCUGUGGAAUGUUUAAUUAUUUUAAUGAAUGAAUUUUUAUAAUGUGAUAAACAAAUUCUAAGCUAAUUUUAACAGAAUAGGUUGCUAAAUAUAAUCAGGUUUACCUCUAAAUGUACUCAAUUAGUCUUCAAUUGCAUGUUCCAGAAUAGAAGUCUGUCUCACCCAAAAUUUAUUUUCCAUACUUACACACACAAAAUAAAAUAUCACUGUUUAAAGUAGAACUUUUAAAUUAUCCAUAUAAACAUAUAGCGCUAAAACGAUCUACUGUAGCACUGUCUACCAUAUUGAAUCUAUUGCUAGGAAAUAUUUCUAGUUUUUUUUUACGGAAAUAUUUACAGAAAAUAAACGUUUUUACAAAUUGUAUAUGGAAUUAUACAUUCAUGUUUACGGAACAUGUUUGUAUAAUUCCAUUUAUGAAAAUUGUUUAUGGAAUGUUUACGAAACUAAUAAUGUUUACGGAAACUCAUGUUUACGGAAAAUAAUAAGGUUAUAUGAUUCCGCUGACCUCUGUUAUGUUUUUUUUUUAUGUUUUACUGAUUUAUAUGAUCUGUAUUCAGCAUUGCUGUCUGAUUAGUCCUAGAAAAUAUAGCAUGUUUAUUUUUAUACAGUACAUUUAACUAUAUUUGGCUUUGUUCCUUCUGUAAACUGAUUUCCUCUGAUUUGUUUGAUGUUUUGAGAAUUUUUUUUGGGCUGCUUACCAGAUUACAAAUAAAAUU